AUGGACAGAUACAGAGAAGACAGAUACGGUGACUACUCUACGACAUCAUAUGGGCCCAACUAUGACAACCGCCAUCACUACUACGACGGCGACGACCGCCACUACCACCACCACGACCGUCAUUACUACAACCGCUAUCAUGAAGCCGACCAACUAUACUCCAACUUUAACGGCGAGGAAAAUUACCCAACUUCCGGUCUCCAUGACAGCAAUUUGCCUCUGUCGGGGCAUAAAAGGCCAAUUUCUCAAUCUGACUUUGUUGAUUUUGUGAAGCUAUUCGUUGGAGGAGUUCCUCGAACAAUCACUGAACAAGAUAUUCGCUCCAUUUUUGGAGAAUAUGGACAUAUUGUUGAGGUUAUUCUUCUCAGGGAUAAAUGGACUGGUGUACAGCAAGAAUAUUGCUUUGUGAAGUAUGCUAUGGUGGAGGCGGCCGAGCGAGCUAUUGUGGGGUUACAAGGCCAAUAUACUUUUCCUGGGGGGACGAUUCCUAUAAUAGUUAAAUAUGCUGAUGGGGAACGUGAGCGCCUUGGGAGCUUUGGCUCACAUGUGCACAAGUUGUAUGUUGGCUGCGUGAAUAAACAAGCUUCAAAAAGGGAAAUUGAAGAAAUAUUUACCCCAUUUGGUGCUGUUGAAGACAUUUAUGUUGUCCGAGAUGAAUUCAAGCGAAACCGUGGAUGUGCAUUUGUUCAAUUUUCUUGUCGAGAUAUGGCAAUUGCUGCAAUAACGGCAUUACAUGGAAGAUAUAUGAUGAGAGGAUGUGAUCAGCCUUUAAUUGUUCGAUUUGCGGAUCCAAAGAAGCCAAGGGCAGGGGAUUCUAGACCUUCACCAUACGUGAACGAUCAAUUUAGUGGACAUAUGCCGCCUAAUGAAAUCCGACCAGUCGAGUCUCCACAAAUUGGACACAAGCCUCCAGCAGAUUCGAGCACCUGCAGUGCAUCUGCUGCCCACGACACGAAUUCAAGUAGUGAUAUGACACAUUUGAUAGACUGUGACUGGAGCGAGCACGUGUGUCCUGAUGCACAUCUGUACUAUUAUAAUUGUGUAACGUGUGAGAGCAGAUGGGAGAAACCGGAGGAAUAUGCACAUUAUGAACAAGAACUAGAAAAACUGGAGCAGCAGCUGCAGCAGCAAGAAUCAAAGCCACAGGUCCUUUCUUCCCCAGAGGAACUUAAUCACGUGCAUGAACAAGCAAUGACAAUCCCAGUGGUUGAGCCAGCAAUUAUGCAUACAGGAAAGAAUGCUGAGAAUGUUGUACAGCUAAUUCAUGCAGGUUUGCUUUGGAUGUGCUAUGCUAUUUAA